CAACCCAACGACAAGAAAAUGCAAAACGACUGUGACUGACUCUUAUCGACGGUGACAAAAUGCAAGCAUCAGUGACACCUGAGGUAUCAUGGGUAACAGCCCUAUCAAGCGGGGCUAUUGUCUCGUUUGUCUUCGCCCUUCCGUCUUUCGGACAACAUGACACACGCCACGUUGACUGUGAUUCACCCGCUAACAAGUCCAUGGUUUCAGGCAUCGUAGGUCCAAGUCUUCAUCUCUCUCUGUGACGUGCUGGCUGCCAGGCCUUUCCUGCUCGAGACCUCGUUUUGACUUACUUAUAUCCUUCGUUGACCGAACGAACAACUCUCGCUUGCGCUGCUAAGGACCUGCAUAUUGACCGCCGCUAUCUAUCUAUCUAUUGUUUGACGUAGAAUGAACCGACAAUGGACAAGCUGUUGGACCCACUCGGG